UGUCAGCCAUAAGAGGGCCUUUAAAGUUUGGGUUUCUUUUUUUUUUUUUUUCCUUUGGUUUUGUUUUGUUCUUUCGGUUGAAGAUGCCAGACAGCAACUUGGCAGGAGGGCUCAGUAACCGAAGCGAGGAGCAGGUGUCUGGCGCUAAAGUCGUCGCCCAGGCUCUGAAAACACAAGAUGUCAAGUACAUCUUUGGUGUCGUGGGCAUCCCAGUGACAGAAAUCGCCAUGGCCGCCCAAGAGCUAGGCAUAAAGUACAUCGGGAUGAGGAAUGAACAAGCGGCUUGUUAUGCUGCCUCUGCGAUUGGGUAUCUGACUGGCAGGCCAGGCGUGUGCCUCGUCGUUUCCGGUCCAGGUUUCAUCCAUGCCUUGGGUGGUAUGGCAAAUGCUAACAUGAACUGCUGGCCUUUGAUUGUGAUUGGUGGUUCCUCUGAAAGAAAUCAAGAAACAAUGGGAGCCUUCCAGGAGUUUCCUCAGGUUGAAGCUUGUAGAUUAUACAGCAAGUUCUCUGCCCGGCCAAGCAGCAUAGAGUGUAUUCCCUCUGUUAUUGAAAAGGCAGUGAGAAGCAGCAUCUAUGGCCGUCCAGGUGCUUGCUAUGUGGACAUUCCUGCAGACUUUGUGACCCUCCAGGAGAAUGCUAGUGCCAUAAAGUACAAGGAGUGUUGCAUGCCACCUCCUGUUAGCAUGGCCGAGACCUCUGCUGUAUGUAAGGCAGUGUCUGUUCUUAGGAAUGCCAAACAGCCCCUGCUCAUCAUCGGGAAAGGUGCUGCAUAUGCCCAUGCAGAGGAGAGUAUCAGGAAACUGGUGGAACAGUGUAAUUUGCCAUUUUUGCCCACUCCCAUGGGGAAGGGUGUUGUCCCUGACAAUCAUCCAAACUGUGUGGCCGCAGCCAGGUCCAGGGCUUUGCAGUUUGCUGAUGUGAUUGUGUUACUGGGUGCCAGACUAAACUGGAUUUUACAUUUUGGACUACCUCCAAGAUAUCAGCCAGACGUGAAGUUUAUUCAGGCUGACAUCUGUGCAGAAGAACUGGGGAAUAAUGUGAGCCCUGCAGCAACUUUGCUAGGAGACAUAAAUGCUGUCUGUAAACAGCUUUUAGAACAAUUUGCUAAAACACCAUGGCAGUAUCCUGCAGAGAGCAAAUGGUGGAAGACUCUGAGAGAAAAAAUGAAGAGUAAUGAAGCUGUCUCCAAGGAAUUAGCAUCCAGAAACUCCCUGCCCAUGAAUUACUAUACAGUGUUCUACCACAUUCAAGAACAUCUGCCCAGAGACUGUUUCAUAGUGAGUGAGGGAGCAAACACUAUGGACAUUGGGCGCACUGUGCUUCAACAGUGCCUUCCUCGUCACAGGCUCGACGCCGGCACUUUUGGAACCAUGGGAGUCGGCUUGGGCUUCGCCAUUGCAGCUGCUCUGGUGGCUAGAGAUAGAAGCCCAGGGCAGCGGGUGAUCUGUGUGGAAGGAGACAGUGCGUUUGGGUUUUCUGGCAUGGAAGUGGAAACCAUCUGCAGGUACAACUUGCCAAUUAUACUCUUGGUGGUGAACAACAAUGGAAUUUACCAAGGUUUUGAUGUGGAUACUUGGAAAGAAAUGUUAAAAUAUCAAGAUGCUUCUAUAGCUUCCCCUCCAAUGUGUCUCUUGCCAAACUCACAUUAUGAGCAGGUCAUGAUUGCAUUUGGGGGAAAAGGAUAUUUUGUACAAACACCAGAAGAACUUCAAAAUUCUCUGAGGCAGACUCUGGCAGACACAAGUAAACCUUCUCUUAUCAACAUUAUGAUUGAGCCACAGGGCACACGGAAGGCACAGGAUUUUCACUGGCUCACCCGCUCUAAUAUGUAAAUAAAGAAACUAUUUGGUGGUUUUGAGGCGGUUCCUCUUCCCUUCAAGAUAGAAUUUUACUUUCCAUAGCAAAAUUACUAUAACAAAAUUGGACAGAAAUAAAUCAAUUUUGAAUUACAUUUUAUUAGUAAAGAAUUUGAAUAAAAAUAGGAGAUGUUUCUAUUA